CAAGAACAAGAUGUGACUAUUUUGAAGAUCUUUCUUGUUUUCGAGCAUGGCGGCUUUUGAUGCGGCCUUGACGCUGGUUCCAGUUCCUGCACCUUUGGAGCCACUCCGGAAGUAUAUCGGUCUGAGCCCAUCCCAAUUUCAGGCGCUGCAGCGGGGACAUGGAGUGGCACCUGAUCCCUACAGUGGUCGUUUUGGGCUCCGCGACACGCCGGAGGAGGCCUUGAACAGAGGAUACACGUUCAACACGUGGGAGCCGCCCAGCAAGAAGCGUAAGCAGGACUCCGUGGAGAAUGACAAGGAGAACCUCGAGCAGAUGGCCAACCCCGAGGAUGGUGAUCCGAAGAAGUACGUCAUUGUUGAACUCAACGUCACGGAUCUAGGAUUCAGGUGGUUGUCCAUGGAAAGCCGUCUUCAUUUCAACCGUGAAGGUCAAUUGCGCUUGUAUGGAGCUCUCUUCAACGAGGUGAGGGAUGCCGACGGACGCCUUCUGUACCAGGUUGGCGAGCAUGUCCAGCAGCCCAUCUCCUAGGGCUCUAGGAAGGCUGUUGAAUGGAUCAAUGGAUCUAUUGUUGCUUUGAAGUUCGACAGAGGCAGGACGCCAGGUCUCAUUCUUGACCUCCAUUGAUCUUUGCUGAGGAGAGUGGCGCUUCGCUAUGACUUGGGGAAGGC